GUGCCGGAAAUAUUGACAUGUCAAGUAAUUUUGCGAGAGAGAAACCGAGUGCUUGCGUUGAAGGAAGACAGCUAAGGAAAACCCGCGAUAUAGUGAAUUUUGUGACAAAAUAGUGGCCAAAAGCAGAAAGUUGAGUGUACAGAGUGAGAUUUAGUGUACAAGGAGUGAUCCUGCGAAUAGUGGAAGAGUGAUAGAAGAGCCAGCAAAGAUGUCCAAGUUUGACAUGAUUAAGCCCUACAUAAGCGACAGUGAUGAGAGUGACAUUGAGACUGAGGAUAUAGAACAGCUUGGACCACUGGAACCUGGGCCUGGAGAGCACAAAUUGCAGUACAACUACUGUCUGUGGUUCGCCAAGAAGGGCUGCCACCGGACAUCCAUAACACAGGUGAAAGCCACUGAGCAGGAGUACGGGAAGUCUCUGCAUGUCGUGGGCAGAUGCGCCAGUGUGGAGCAGUGGUGGUCACUCUAUUGUCACCUCAUCAAGCCGACUGCGCUGAAGCCCUAUCGUGAAUUGCAUCUCUUCAAGAGCGGAAUAAAGCCAAUGUGGGAGGAUCCAGGCAAUGCCAAAGGCGGAAAGUGGGUGAUAAAGCUCCGGAAGAAUAAGAUCGAUCGUGCCUGGGAGACUGUCUGCAUGGCGAUGCUGGGUGAGCAAUUCCUUGUCGGACCUGAAAUCUGUGGCGUUGUGCUGUGCACCAAGUUCCCGUUUCAGGAGGAUCUACUCUCCGUGUGGAAUCGCACAGCGACAGAUCAGGCGAGCACAGCUAGAAUAAGGGACACACUCAGACGGAUUCUCAACUUACCUCCGAAUACUCCUAUGGAGUAUAAGCCACACUGUGAUAGCUUAAAGAAAUCAAAAACACUACUGAAUAAGAGUUGAGCUUGUUCGCCGGACAGAUAAUUAAUCCUCCUUUUUCAUCAUGUCUCUUAAACUUUGAUCAGAAGAAAUAUACACACAAGAAAUUGUUAUAUAGACUUAUAGAGCAUCAUCCCUCAACCGAUCCAUUUUUACCACAAACUGUAGAAAGAGAGAAAAAAAGUAUGAAAAAAUGCGCAUUGUGUGAAGAAGGAAGUUUCUGUCGGGGAAAAAUGGGCUUUUUUUUUCAACCUGUGCAGGAAGAAAAAGAGGAGAAAAAUUACAGUGGGAGAGAAGAGAGAAAAUUGUGGAUUUUGAUUCUGAAUAAAACGAAAAAAACACUUGUUUUACACAAAAAUUCA